UUUCAUAAAAGAGGGUUUGAAUUGUAGCUAUCGACCGCAGUCAUGGAGGAGUUGAGCGCCGUGGGGGAACAGGUUUUUGAUGCCGAAUGCAUCCUCAACAAACGCCUGAGAAAGGGAAAGUUGGAGUAUCUGGUGAAGUGGAGAGGAUGGUCAUCCAAGCACAACAGUUGGGAGCCCCAGGAGAACAUCCUGGACCCGAGGCUGCUGGCGGCAUUCCACAAGAGAGAACAAGAGAAGGAGAUUUUGUUCCGCAAGCGGGGAAAACGCCCAAGGGGGAGACCCCGUAAAAUCAUGGAAGCUGUUCCAGCGGUGACAAAAUCAAGUAGCUCUUCGUCCUCCUCGUCCUCCAGCUCAUCUUCCUCGUCAUCGUCGUCAUCCUCGUCCUCGUCCUCCUCCUCGUCCGACGACGACAACGACGGCGAGGAGGCAAAGGUGAAGCCUGGGCAGCGGGCACGCGAGCUGCACCCCGUGCCACAGAAGAAGGCCCAGAUUGUGGUGGCCAAGCAGGAACCCGUGAAGAAGAAGCGUGGGAGAAAGGCACUGCCACCAGAGUUGAAGGCACUUCGACAGAGCAAGGGGGCCCGGAAGCUCCUGCGGCCAGCUACCAGGGAGAGGGAGCUACUGUCACAGACCCAGGAAUCCAAGACACCGAUCAAGAAACCCCUGCAGCCUGCUAGCUUUACCUACACAGGUAUGAACCGGGUGAGUGGAGCUAGAGAGCCACCCGGUGCCCAGAGCAGAGGCUCAUUCUCCCAGGCGGUACGGAAUCCUUUGGGGGCCGUGGGCCCCACCCGGGCCACAGCCACCUCCCCUGUCAGCCGCGUCCCUCAGAACAAGGCCACACCAGAUUUCAAGCUGUCUGUCUCAGACGUGGGCAGUGGCUCCGACCUGGACCUGAGGAUCAUGACCUCCAAGUCACCUGGGGUGGCGGCACUCAACCUGCAUAAUACCAAGCUCUCCACUGGUGGCAGCGGGGGGCAGGGAACUUCCGCCUCUGCUGCUGGAACCCCCAAUGGGCAGAGGAAACAAGAGACUCCAGCCCAGACCCCCCCGCCUCGCACCGCUGCUCAACCCCUGUCAAAGGGCCCUAGUCACCAGGCUCUCAGUUUGCAGGGCCUGAACCUGCAGAGUGUUAGCAGGCAGACUCAGGGCUGUGUCUCAACGGGCAACGGUACUGCCAACCCAGCCCGGAAGGGGCCGUCCCAGAACCUGGGAACAGGGGGUGGGGGCCAGCAACCCAGAAGGGGCUUGGGUGGAGGGCAGGGUAGGCUUGCAGAGGCUGGGGAGCUGGGGCUGGGUACAGACAGACAGGCCAAGAAAUCGAGGAGACCUGAGGCCAAGCCUGCUACAGAGUCCACAGCUGCCAGGGGUAGAGGGCGGAGGCCAUCCUCCAAAGAUGGUGGGAAGCCGGGGAAAGUGCUGAGUGAGAUGAGUACAGGGGAAGAGGAGUCCAGCUCAGGUUCUGAGCACGACUCUCCCCUUCCCAGCCACGCACAGAACCUGACCGUGUCCGUGCAGUCCGGCCAGGACUGGAAGCCCACGAGAAGCCUAAUCGAACAUGUGUUCGUCACUGAUGUCACAGCUAACCUGGUGACAGUGACCGUCAAGGAGUCUCCGACAAGCGUGGGCUUCUUCAGCCUUCGCCAGUAUUGAAAAGUGAAGCCGCUGGACUGGGGUGGAAGGAGUCCAGAGGGGCUCGCCUCCCCCCUCCUCUCCCAAAGUGUUACUGAAUCCGGCAGGUUUUGCCAUUUUUAUUUACGUCACAGCAGAACAUUCAAUAUGAAGAUCAAUCAGAAGGAAGUGCUGGUCAUAAAUUUCUCAGCGGGAGGCGACUUGUUCUCCAGGCAGACUACAUGCCAAGCGGUAACCGCUGAUGGAUAUUGGUAGAAUCUUCAGAAUCCGUGGCAGAUUAAAAAGGAAAAUGGGGAAUGUAUUGGAAAUGCCUGCUAUGGACGAAUUGCUUAAACUGAAGGCCUCGUCCAAUGAUGAACAAUAUUUCACUUCUGUAACAGCUGUGACUCCAAUCACUUCAUCUCAUCUUUUUAUAUAAAGUUUUUAGUCUUGCUUAAAUGGUGCCAAGAAAUCAAAUUUUUCCAAUUUAGCUACCUCUAUAUUUAAAAUCUGGCAUUUAAUAUUCAAAAACAAGCCUACAAACUUAUACGCUCAUCUAAACAUUUCCGAAGGAUAUACUGGAAUUUUCCAUUUGUUUUUUUCUCGUUACGGCUGUUUUAUUACACACAUUCCACAGAGUAACACAAGACUGAAAGUACAAGAGAAAUUGAACUUUUUUUUUUUGCGGUGAAAAGUGAUUGUUGUAUACAUUUGUGAAAGAUUCAAAACGCUGUAGGCAAAUGAGGCUUUUCUGCCAUCUUAUAGAGCUGCUGCAGAGUCAGGGGCUGUUAUCUGAGCCUCUGCUGAGAGGCCAGCCUGGACAGCACAGUGUCAGCAGAGUCCUGCUUCAUUCACUGUUUUUCCACUGAGCAGCCAGGCUCCCGGCCUCCAGCCCCAGAUUGCAGGCCUCCAGGUCACGACGAGGUCAGGUGACACCAACAAAUAACUGCCCCAUACGCGCUUUUUUCCUGCACCUGAGGGGAGCCUUAAAAACAAAGAAACCAAAAAAAAAAAAUAGUGGAAUGCAUUUAACAGUAUAUAAUGAACUGCCAAAUGCCACCCUUCUCACACACUUUAUUAGCAUGCAAGGGCCCAGGAGGUAAAUACUAGCCCUCCACUGCCAUAUCUGAAGUAACAGAAAAGUGUUACUGUUAAGGAAACGUGCAACAACUAAACAGGGAGACCUGAGAGUUCGUUAUUUUUCCAGCCAGUUUAGUCCCUCUAAAUACUUACAGUAUUACCACUAGAUCUGCCAUAACAAGCUAUAAGACAAAAAGAGAAUAUUAGACAUUCCUGCUUGUAUUAGCCAUCGUACAUAAGGUGAACUGCUCUGUGUGCAGCUUAAUGUGGACACGGAUCAAUUCACUCUAUUAGAUGCUGAGAUAGGCACAAGCGAUAGGGGGAAAUACUGGUAUUUUCAAUGUGUGAUAGUGUAUCAUUGAGCAUGUCUCUAAAAUACUUAAGAGACCAAAACCAUCAAGACUUUCCAUAUGAAAACAAGUCCCUUUCAAACAUGAAGUGACAGUUAAUGACACGGCACAAUUUUUGGGGAAGUAGCUGUUUUGAACGGCAGAAGUUGCAAACCAGCCCUUUGCUUAAAAAAAUCUAAGAAAAAAAAAACACGAAUGGGAAUGUAUGUUGCUUUCGGCAAUCUUGCUUGAAUAAUUGGGCUAUUGUAUAUGUGAAACUGGCAGCCACUUUUGACUCCCUAUUGAAUCUGAAAGUUAUCACCAGAAGAUGAGAAGGUGAUACAAGGUCCAUUUAUUACCUGCGACAGAUGAGCAUGAAAAAGAGGGAUCUGACGUUUUUUGUACUUGGAACAACCUGGAUCACCGACUGCGAUUUUUUUUUUGGGAGCAGAAGCUAGUUUGCGAACUUUCACUGUGUAUAUCUACUGCAAUGAAGCAGAUGGUCCAGGGACCUUCUCAGCCUGUUAUCCUACUUCUCAUCUCUACCUACAAACAGUCCAGGGCGAAAGCAUGUUUACGAAGCAGAAUGCACCAGAUUCACUAGCUAUCGAUCGUGGCUGGGACAGGUGGUUACGGAGAGUGAUUUCAUGCACUGCAAUUUAGCUGGAAUUGCAGGGCUAGGAUAACGGUUAACACACCGUUUCCCUAGAGUGAGGUAUUGAGCUCACCACUGAAAUAUACAGGGCUUGUGUGAUACUUGUGACCUGCAUUAUCUGUUCCCUGUCAGAGACUUUGCAGUAAAUGUGCUGUCAUUGUUAGACAUGUUACUGUAUAGGACUCAGAUUAACCCUUUAGACCGAAGGCUAUAUUCUCUGUAAACUAUUUAUUUAAAAACACAAUAGGAAGGCAGUCAGACCUUUUCAUUGUGCAACCUGUCAUUUUAUUAACCUUAAAUAAAUAGUAAUUUAGUAUU